CACUCGGUCCUCGAAGAAAACGCAUUGACAGUGAAAUGCGAACCGAUCAGCGGCGCCCACCCGAGUCGCAACAUGGAAACUCGAAUGCCCUCCUUCUUCUUGCUCCCUAUAUCCAUGGCGACCUGAAACCGGGGACAAAAGAUCUUUCUUUUCUUGGUUUUUUGGAGGUCAGCAGAAGUCAAGAGGGGAGAAAGAAACGAAGGAAAGAAAGCGAGCUGAAGUGUGGGGGGAGGAGAAGAAAGUCGAGAAGGAAUCCUCCCACUUUCGAUUUGAUGCUUCUUGGGUUUUCUUGCUUUUCUGGGUAGUGGGGAAUAUCUUCGUGGGGGGAGUUCAGUGCAUCGUGUUAUUCUCGGACUAAUAUAUGCGGCGGGGGUGAUUCGGUCUGUCCUGAAAAUGGGUAGGCAACGAUCGCUCAGGAGUAAAGCUGCCCACUUCGUCUCUGAUCUCACCACUGUUCUUCUCAACCCAAUCUCUGACAAACCCUCCUCCAAGCCAUCUCCUCCCUCUCAAUCUCCCGAUAAUGAAAGUGACUCUAGAAGAAGCCAACUAGAUUCAAUCAGAGAAGAGGGCUCGGAAGAUUUAGUCGAUGGUCCCGAUACAUCGUCUUUCACAGCAUUUCUUUACUCUCUCUUGACAUCAUCUGAGCCUGGAGACGAUCCCAAUGUUGAAGGGAAAAAUGAUAAUGAGCAAGUAAACGGUGAAGUGGUUGCUGCAUCGAAAGAAGCAUCUGACGUGCCUAGGAAGGAAAGUGGUGGCAAGAAAAGCUUGUUCUCUAGAGGGAAGCAAUCAUUGGGUAAAGCUUUUAACCAGGCAGCAAAGAUUGCUGGGUACCGGAAUCAAGAACAGAAAGGCGAUAGCGAUGUAAAUGAAGUUAUGGUUCCUGGAGUUGAGAUGAGGCAAUUGCAGGAUGAGACAGAGCCUGUGGCUCUGACUGAUGUUCCAGAUAUGUCAGAACCUUCAUUGCUGCUUUCAGAGAAAACACGUAGUGUACUUUAUACGUCACUUCCUGCACUUGUUCAGGGGAGAAAGUGGUUGUUGCUGUACAGUACAUGGAGGCAUGGCAUAUCACUUUCUACUUUGUAUAGGAGAAGCAUGCUUUGGCCUGGACUCAGCUUGCUGGUAGUUGGAGACCGUAAAGGUGCAGUAUUUGGCAGCUUAGUGGAGGCACCACUUAGACCAAACAAUAAGAGAAAAUAUCAGGGAACGAAUAGCACUUUUGUUUUCACAGACACACCUGGCCAUCCAGUUAUAUACCGCCCUACAGGGGCCAAUCGGUAUUACACUCUGUGCUCAUCUGACUUUUUAGCGAUUGGUGGGGGCGGCCACUUUGCAAUCUAUUUGGAUGGCGAUCUGUUAAUUGGAUCGAGCUCAGUCUCGGAAACAUAUGGGAAUCCUUGUCUUGCCGGCUCUCAAGACUUUGAAGUAAAGGAAAUUGAGUUGUGGGGCUUCGUAUAUACUUCCAAGUACGAAGAGAUGCUCGCUCUUAGCCGAACAGAGUCCCCUGGCAUUUGCCGAUGGUAACCUUGUGAAUCACGAUCUGAACUUUCCGAUAAUGGUUGGGGAGCACUGAUUACAUCUGAUUGUGUAUAUUAUCACUGGCACCGGAUGAUGAAAUACUUGCCUAGACCCGGUGCACCACUGAACGUGAUCACAAUGACCGAUCGCCCUGAGUCCCAUGUGGGUCUUUUGUAAGGGUUGGGAUGAUCACACAUCCAGUCCAUUUUGAGGGAAUGUUGUUUUGCACCUACUAACCCUUGUUUCUACCUGUUGUAUAGUCCUCAUACAUGUUUUGCAUCUUACCCCGUGUAUAGCAGGAGUGCACCAAAACUCAGAGUCAGGCAUCAUGUUUUUCUCUCUUUUGUCUCAUAUCUGUAAAUAUAAUCUAAGCAGCUUGGAUUGUUCAAAUCAA